CCCCUAUGAGUGGCGCAGACGCACUAAGAUAAACAAAGCCAGGGGACAUUGCCCUAUGGCGCCGAGUCUUAGCUCUUAACCGCUUCUCCUCCGUUCUAGCCUUGACUCACUUCACUCUCACCUCUUCCUUAUCCGACCCUUACAACCCACCGUCUAGAGCACAACCGCUGCGCCGCGCCGGCCGAGAGGGGACGGGACCAGACGGGCCAGAUGAGACCAUCAGCGCACCCGCUGCCGCCCUCGAGCAGCCUGCCGCCCUUGCGGACCCUCGAGCAGCUCUCCGAAGCCGACAUCACGUCGGCCCUGCAGAGUCUCUCAGCAAUUUACUGCUCGCUACCGGUCUCCGUCGCCUUCCAGCUCACACCCGAGUCUCGGAGGCUCGCUCACCAUAACAAGCCGCUGGUCGACUCCGGUUAUGUGUCGGAGACAGACGACGACCACGAAGAGAUCGAUGGCGUCGAUCACCACAUCGCCGCGCUUAAAGUUGACGCUUUCGAGCGCAGCUUCGCCGAGCGCUGGCUGACCGGGUUCAUCGCCCGGGCCGAGAGUCUUCCCUGUUUUGAGUCUGAAGAGGCAUGCCAACAAGCCCUCGACCAGGCUUCGUGUGUGCUCGCAACCUUUUUCGCCGUCCCCCAGACUGGCGCCGACCAAGACGACAAGGACCAAGACUAUGCCCGCGAGUUCGCCUUCGAGCUCAUGGUAUCCGACGCUGACACACCGAACGCAAGCGUCCCGAUCACAGUACGGCUCAACGAUAGGUUGGCUGGCACGAACUCGGCCGAUCCGGACGACGUCGGCCUUCAAAGCUGGGGCGCCUCGAUUCUGAUGUCGGAAAUCAUGUGCGCUUCACCUGCCCGCUUCGGGCUAUCGCAGCCCGCACUCGGUCUAUCGCCGCGCAUCGUUGAACUUGGGGCAGGCACGGGACUUGUCAGCCUGAUGCUUGGGAACAUGUUGCCUCAUCUUGGAGCUCCUCUUCCAACCAUUAUCGCCACAGACUAUCACCCGUCAGUGCUUAACAACCUGCGGUCCAAUAUCGCGCUCAAUUUCCCGGUGCCGGAUACGAAUCAUGUGCAGACAGCAGCUCUCGACUGGUCCGCGCCCGUUCUGCAAGCGCCUUUGGAUAUCCCAGCUGACAUUCUUGUUGCGACCGACGUCAUCUAUGCCCCCGAGCAUGCGGUAUGGCUGCGCAACUGCGCAUCGUGCCUGCUGGCACCAAACGGCGUCUUCUGGCUUCUCGUUACGGUUCGCCAGAAUGGCCGUUUCAAUGGGGUCAGCGACAGCGUAGAGGCCGCCUUCACAGCAGUCGAUGGCCCCAAAGGGAAGGAUGGGAAGAGGCUUGUGAUUGUACAUUCAGAAGAACUGCAAAAGCGUACCGGUGUCGGACGUGGCGAUGAGAGCGGGUACAAGCUUCUCGACAUCCGGUGGGCGUGAUACGAGUGGCGACGUUUCAGGGGGAAAACUCGUGAUAGAUGUAAAUGCAGGGCGUGGGGGGGCUGCUAAUGACACGAGAUACGAGACACGAGACACGAUUCAUAGAGCACAGACUACAACCUAGACAUAGACAGCAUAGAGACGAUAUUAGAAUAUUGUCAAAUCGACCGGUAGAGUGCCGCAGCCAACAGAUGCAAGGUGCACGCAA